AAACAAGAAUCUUGUAUAAUUUUCAAUUUGAAUAAUGAUAAUGAUGAAGGAUCCAGUAGAAAUGAAGAAAAUUUGAUUGAUCUGUUUUUAAAUUUAGAACAAGAUAUAAAAAAUAAUCAAAAAAAUGA